CCUCUUUGGAAAGAUGGCUGAUGUUUUAGAGAAGAUAAAGAAUCUGUUCAUGUGGGUGCAGCCAGAGAGCACCCAGAAACUUUACGUCUGCCUGUGGGUGACUUUCAUCACCUCCUGCGUCCUGCCGUACAAACUGCUGGGCUUCAUGAUUGGCGUGUACGCCGGCAUCAAGUUCUUUAUCAUAGACUUCCUGUUUAAGAGCUGCCCGAAACUCCGCGACAAGUAUGACACGCCUUACAUCGUGUGGAACAGCCUUCCCACCGACCCCCAGCUCAAAGAGAGGACAAACGCCACGGUGUCGAGACGG